CUACCAUUCCGAUUGAGGCGCCUCCCUGAAGUGUUACCACACCAUGCACAUCCCUUGUGUCAGGUCUAAUGUCCUCACCGAAAUCCCCAUUCUCCUCAACUGGCUUUUCCGAAAAGCCUCAGCUAUACAGACCUCGGGCAUCAGGACAUACAUGAAAAUUCAUAUAAUAGUAUACAGUCCAUUGUGCUAAACUCCAUAUACAGUUCUGAGCAGUUCAUCGGUCUACUUUGAUCAUCAAUAAUUCUUCUGAAUUAAUUGCCACAAUUGUUCGUUUUUACAAUGUCCCGUUCCGCAAAUCGCAACUCUCCAAUCCGAAAGAUAAGCUCUAAGAGUAAAUUAAAACCAAUACUACAAGAACGACGUUCUCACGCUUUCAAUUCUCGUCUGAGACUAGCAACCACACAACGAGAUGUUUUCGAUUGGUUUGAUGAAUCCCCAUAUAAUGGAGGGGAGGUCUACUCACCACAAUGGCAGUGCCGGUUGACAAAAUGGUAAGUUUUCUAUACAUGUGUAGAUAUAGCUUCCUCAAUUACUAACGGAACUGCAGGGGCGAAGAGUUCGAUAACGACCUCUCAUCUCUACAUAACCAAGUCGCUCGUUGCGAGCAAGAACCAGAAAAACUGAAAAUUGGUCUCUUCUUCCAGACCCACUCCAUAGCAGCUUUCAGUCUGUGGCAUCUAUUACAAGCAUGCUACGAACUAGACAAGCUCAUAUGUGGAACAUCAGCACCGGUAUCUGAAUGGCAAGAUCUUCGGCCUUUCGAAUAUCUCAAAUCCAAAGACAUUAUGUCAACAUGGCGAAGGAAUUUGCGAGCAUUUUCUUCCCAGGUCCAACAGAGUAACGUGGGCAAUAACAACUUCGAGAAAGAAGCUGUUACAAACCGUUUACAUUACUUGGUGCAAGGUGUCCAGGCCCUCGAGGAAGCUCGCGCUAUGGCUGGAAAGGUAUUUGAGAUGCGGAAAGACAACAUGCGGUGUUCGUACUGGAUGCUGGAUCAUAUACAGGAGGCUGUGGAUAAAAGGUGUCGUGCGAUUGAGAGUAUUUCAGACUCUAACAUACGUUGAGAUCCAUACUCUCUCUGCCAGACAGUGCUUUUCGGGAUCACCAAAGGACGUUUUCGGUUCAUUUUGUAGUUAUAAAGUAGUUCAGUGUGUUACUCAAUUGUUCGAAACAUAUAUAUGGGAAAAUAAAAGGGCGCAACGGCAGGAAUGGACGGUUGGGGGUAUACCUUUUUAGGAGUUUGGAGAAAGGAAAUGCCCCUGUCGGUCAUUGAAUACUACUUUAUAUCUGUAUCACACUUUGGUAUACUGCCUUGCAGUAGACGAAACAAUGGUACUGAAAUUCGCGAAUCUAUCGAACUCAGAUACAAUCAGGAUAGAAACAUGACAACAUGCUAUCUUUGUGUCCUCGAUGGCUGAAAA